UCUCACUUGUCCUCUUUCACAACGAACUCUCAAUCCAGCCACCCCAACCCAUCUCUUGUCAUAAUUCUGUCUUCAUCAGCCCGGCGCUGUCAAUAUUCCCCGGCGGAAUUCUUGAAUUAGCGCAGUCGUCAAACAGCCUGACACGAAAUCCGCACAAUCCCACCCGACCGUUCCGCUGUCUACUCCGCAAUCAUCACCUCAUCUCACCCACCUUGAACGCAUCUCAACGCAUCUGAAACCUCUCAUCCGCGAGCCACCAAUUUCCUACCCACUACCUUCCACACAGCCACAAGAAAAAACCGCCACCAUGCCAAACCCCAGCCAACUCCUCCUUCUCGCCGACCACAUCAAGCUCUCCCUCCUCGAGCGUCAACGCGCCAUCUCCCUCAGCCUGGAGCCGAACAGCCAAGACGGCGAGAUUUCGCGCUCGCUCAACUCCUUCAAAGAAGGGAUCGACGCCAUCGAAGCCGAGUGCGUGCAGCUCGAAGCCCAGAAGGGCCGCCACGAUGACGACGUCACCGACCUCCGCGACCAGCUCAGCCACCUACACACCCAGCACGACGAGCUAUCCGCUCAGUUCCACGAGAUCACGACCGCCCUCGUCGAGGCAGCAUCUGCCUCGUCGUCGUCGUCGUCCGGCUUCGCCAGCCACGUGAAGAACUCAUCCCCGGACCUUAAGCAGCCCGUCCCGCAGCACCCGUCCUCAAAAUCCGUGCGCUUCAUGGACGCCGCCGCGGCGGCUGAGGCGGCCGAGGCCGACGACGAGGAACAUCGCCGGAACCUCUUCCGGCCGUACCGCGACUCGCCGUCCCCGCCGCCGGGGGCCAGCGCCGCCAGCAUGGACGGGCUAUCGAACGAGCAGAUCUACGAUCACCACGCGCAGGCGCUCCGAGACCAGGACGAGCACCUAGAUCGGCUAGGCGAGUCGAUUAGCCGGCAGCACCAGCUGAGCAUUCAGAUCGGAGACGAGCUGGAGGGCCAUGUGGCGUUGCUGGAUGAUUUGGAUGGGCAUGUGGAUCGGCAUCAGGGGCGUUUGGAUAAGGCGAGGAAGCGCUUGGAUCGGUUCCGGCGCAGUGCGGGGGAGAACUGGAGUAUGAUGACCAUCGUCGGGUUGAUAAUUACGCUGGUCAUCUUGAUUGUGCUUUUGAAGUGAAUUCUUCAAUUUUGCGAGUCUGGAGCUUUGUAUAUAUGGUUUGUUUCAGGGGGGGGGGUCCGUUUGUGAUUCCCAGAGGGCGAGUCCGGCGUUUGUACUGGGUUUCUGAAUUGUGUUUUGUGUCUUUCUUCUCUCCCCCUCCUCCUCUUUCAACUACCCACUCCUUCGUCUGUUCCCUUCAGUCAAUAUAUACCGACAGCAGCUUCAUGUUUUCUCUUCCCUCCUCCCCGAUUGACGGGACUGCGGCGUUCCGGGGCACCUUAUCAUCAUACAUCUACACUCAAGUUUUGGUCCAUAGCUACACAAGAUGGAAUCCAUCACACUUCUAAUCAAAUAAGGACACUGCCA